UGGUAUCCAGUCCUCAGGUGCAACUCCUUGCGUGGUCCUCUGUGGCAGCCUUCUCUCAUUCGGAAGUGUUUUCUGCAGAGGUAGUGAAAAGAACUGGAUUUUCAAGUUCACUUUGGAAGAGAAAUAGAAGGGAGGAGGAUCUAUUUUGUUCCAUCCUGUGGGCUGAUCCUUUACACCUAGGACUGGGAGAAAUAAAAAAAAGAAAAUUCAGUAGAAGACAAUGGCAAGUUCAGACUGGGGAUAUGAUGACAAAAAUGGUCCUGAACAAUGGAGCAAGCUAUAUCCCAUUGCCAAUGGAAAUAACCAGUCCCCUGUUGAUAUUAAAACCAGUGAAGCCAAACAUGACACCUCUCUGAAACCUAUUAGCGUCUCCUACAACCCAGCCACAGCCAAAGAAAUUAUCAAUGUGGGACAUUCCUUCCAUGUAAAUUUUGAGGACAACGAUAACCGAUCAGUGCUGAAAGGUGGUCCUUUCUCCGACAGCUAUAGGCUCUUUCAGUUCCAUUUUCACUGGGGCAGUUCAAAUGAGUAUGGUUCUGAACAUACAGUGGAUGGAGUGAAAUAUUCUAGCGAGCUUCAUAUAGUUCACUGGAAUUCUGCAAAAUACUCCAGCUUUGCCGAAGCUGUCUCAAAGGCUGAUGGUUUGGCAGUUAUUGGUGUUUUGAUGAAGCUUGGUGAGGCCAACCCAAAGCUGCAGAAAGUACUUGAUGCCCUCCAUGCAAUUAAAACCAAGGGCAAACGAGCCCCGUUCACAAAUUUUGACCCCUCUACUCUCCUUCCUUCAUCCCUGGAUUUCUGGACCUACUCUGGCUCUCUGACUCAUCCUCCUCUUUAUGAGAGUAUAACCUGGAUCAUCUGUAAGGAGAGCAUCAGUGUCAGCUCAGAGCAGCUGGCACAAUUCCGCAGUCUUCUAUCAAAUGUUGAAGGUGAUAACCCUGUCCCCAUUCAGCGCAACAACCGCCCAACCCAACCUCUGAAGGGCAGAACAGUGAGAGCUUCAUUUUGAUGAGUCGGAGAAGAAACUUGUCCUUCCUCAAGAACACAGCCCUGCUUCUGACAUAAUCCAAUAAAACAGUAAUUUUUAAGAAACAAAUGUAUUUCAAUAUUAGCAAGAUAGCAUGCCUUCAAAUCAACCCAUAAAACUAAGAAACUUAAAUUUUAAUUCUUACUGCUUAAUUCAAGUAAUAAUUAGUAAGCUAGCAAAUAGUAAUCUGUAAGCAUAAGCUUAUGCUUAAAUUCAAGUUUAGUUUGAGGAAUUCUUUAAAAUUACAACUGAGUGAUUUGUAUGUCUAUUCUUUUCAGUUUAUUUGAACUAAUAAAGUUAUCUCUUUC